AUGGCUGUUUCACUUUCAUCCAUAGUGCCUGUGAGGUCCAUUAGCUUGCCAUCUAGGCUAAACCCCAAUUCUCAAAAGAUUGAGUCAGAGCUCAACAAGUUAAAGACUUUGAGAUUUUCAUGUGCUGCAGAAGCAGCAACUUCAAGUCCUCUAGGCAGUGAGGCUCUUCUAGAGGGCUUGUCCGGUCUUGCAGAGUUGUACAAUUGCAUUGAGGAACUUGUUCACUCUCCACUGACCCAACAAGCUCUCAACCAUCACCAACAGUGCAAAACACUAGUGGAUGAAGCACUUGAUGGCUCAGUUGGGUUGCUAGACUCUUGUGGCAAUGCAAGAGACCUGCUUUUGACAAUGAAGGAACAUGUUCAGAACCUUCAAUCUGCACUGCGCAGGAGGAGGACCGGCGAUUUGAGCAGCAUCGAAAGCAACGUUCACGCUUACAUUUGCUUUCGAAAAAAGGCAAAGAAGAGCAUUGUGAAGAGCCUCAGAGAUUUGAAGAAAAUGGAAACCAAGAUCAAUCUGGGGUCAUUUUGUCUCUUAGAUUUAGACCACAAUGUACGGAUAGUGCUUAAAUUGUUAAGAGAAUUAAGCGCUGUCACAAUUUCUGUGUUUCAGUCCCUCUGUGUGUUCCUAUCCAUGCCUUUGACCAACAACACAAAGGCUAGCAAAUGGUGUUUGGUGUCAAAGCUAAUGGCUGUGAGAUUUGCAGCAUCAGAGAGAGGCCAAAAGAUUUACAAUGAAGUUGGAAGUGUAGAUGUUGCUCUCUGCUCACUCCAUGGCCACAUGAAAAAGAGUGAUGAUGCCAAGACUGAUGUGCAGGGGGUUCAGUGGAGACUAGACACACUGGAUUGCAGCAUAAGUGGGCUUGAGGCUGGUUUGGAAAGACUCUUCAGAUGCCUAUUGCAACACAGAGUGUCUCUGCUUAAUCUCCUCACACCUUGA